AUGACAGAAUCAACGAGGCGACGAAGACGUCCGCGGGCGCUGGCGGCGAUGCUGGCGGUGACCCUGACCUGCGACGGGAGUGCGUCGGCCUUUGUGCCGCCGCCCGCCGGCACGUUGCACUCCCCCUUUUCUUCCGCAACAGCAGCAGCAGCAGCAGUUGCGCCAGCAGCAGGGCGAGCGUCUCAGCAGCAUCCCAGCCAGCAGAGACGGGGGCUGCUACAAGGCGGGUAUCCUCGUUGGUCCUCCUCCUCCUCCUCCUCCUCCUCUCCUCUCGCUGGGUCGGCGCCAGCGGGCGGUGUUGUCCCCACAGACCACACGGACGGUUGGGAACCGAGGGACGGGGUGGAGAUCGGGACGUGUUCCCUAGUGGGCUCCGGGCCCGGCGAUCCCGACCUGCUCACGGUCGCCGGCCUGCGGGAGCUGCAGUCGGCCGACCUGGUCAUCGCGGACCGGCUCGUCUCCAAGGAGAUACUGGGACUGGUAGAAGGCGAGCUGCGCGUGGCGCGCAAGUACCCGGGCUGCGCGGAACAGGCCCAGCGCGAGAUCUACCGCUGGAUGCGAGAGGGGCUGUCUGCCGGCAAGCACGUCGUCCGGCUCAAGAUCGGGGACCCGUUCAUCUUCGGCCGGGGCGGCGAGGAGGUCCUGGUGAUGCGCGAGCUGGGGGUGGAGCCGAAGGUGGUGCCGGGGAUAUCCUCGGUGUUUUCGGCGCCCUUGCUCGGGGGGGUCCCCGUGACCCACCGGGGGGUUGCGACACAGGUAACCCUGGGCACCGGUUACGGGCAGGACUACGCGCGCCCGGACAUCUGCGACUACCACCCGCAGAAGACGGCCGUCUUCCUCAUGGCGAUCGGUCGCUUGGAGGAGCUGUGCGCAGACCUCGUGCGCCGCUCCUACCCGACAGACACCCCCGUGGCCAUCAUCGAGAACGCCUCCACUCCUCGACAAAGGGUCAUCAAGGGCACCGUGGACACGAUUUCGAAGGUGGCGCGCGGGCUGAAGGUGAAGGCGCCGGCCACCAUCGUCGUCGGGGAGGUUGUGAGCGUCCUGCACGGGCCCGAGCAGGGCCUCCUAAGCGAUGCCGCGGAGGGGAUGUUCGCUGGCGUGGACAAGGAGAGGGUCGCGAGCGCCGCCGAGAGAGUCGCGGAAAAGAAGGAGGGCCUGUUCAGCGGAGAAGCGGGGGAGAAGGUGCCUGUUCGCCGUCAAGCGUGAGGGUGGGAGAGGCGCUAGGGCAUGGAUGAUUAUGGCGGGAAAGAGGGGGUUGCUGUUGCUGGUCGUGUGCGGCUCCCGCGACGGUUUCCGGCCCCCGUGCCCCUACACCAAGCGUUGUUCGCCGAUGUUCCGGCCGUUGUCGAGAGGACUUCUCCCGUUGUACAGUUUUGGGGGUAGUUGGUGGAGGCAUCUUGCGUCACCCACGCCAUCAAAUGUUCCGGCGGCGUUGGUCGCUGCUGCUGCUCCUGAUUUUUUCUGGUUGGUCCCUUGGUCCCCCACGUAUGUACUCGGUUUGAAUGCGUGUUAUUUUUGUUGCUGUCGACGAAUGCUCUGGU